CUCCAACAUGGAUGACAGCAGAGAUAACAAGAAGAACCGUUUCUCAAACACAAUGGCCUUCAUGGAGGAGUAUCUGAACAAUGUUCUGAAUGAAGAGUUGCCGUUCCACAAUGAGGAGAAAAACAAACUCACCUACGAGGUGGUGAGUUUGGCCAGACAUUUAAUCUACUUCGGUUUCUACAGUUUCUUCGAGCUUCUCAGACUCACCAGAACCCUGUUGGGCAUCAUCGACUGUAGACCCAAUCCUGGAUACACCGGACUCUUAUUCCAUGAUGAUGGAUCAGGGAAGAAUGUGAAGCGCUCCAUACAUGGGAUGGGUCAGAUGAUGUCCACCAUGGUCCUCAACAGGAAGCCGUCAUUAUUUGGAGGUCCAGGAGCCAGAGGGACGGGGCUAGGGCCAGGACUUGUGCUUGAAGGACAGAGAGGCAGUAAAGAUAGUAUAGACAAGAUGGACCUGACAGUGAUGGACACCAAGCUGAAGAUACUGGAGAUAUUACAGUUCAUCCUGAACGUUCGUCUGGACUACCGCAUCUCCUUCCUGCUGUCUGUUUUUAAGAAGGAGUUUGUGGACGUUUAUCCAAUGGCCGACGCUGACGCGACCACCAACAUGGAGCAUGCAGCCGCCAUCAACCUGCAGCACAUUGGAGAGCAGGCAGAGGCUAUGUUUGGAGUCGGGUAUGUAAUUCUGAACAUGGACAUGGUGCAUAUGUAA